AUGGCGGAACCGACCCCGGCCGUUCAUACAAUCUCGCAGGAGACUGUCAAUGAACCUCCUGCAAAGAAACAGAGACUGGACGAUGUGGCCCCUACCGAAGAGACCCCCAAAGAAGACCGCCGAACUGAAUUACGAAGGCGGGGUAUUGCGCCAGUCAAACCAGAGUUUCUAAUUACCUUGAAUGGCAAUCAAACGGCAACCAAAGCCUCGAACGAAGAUGACGAUAUGGCCGAAGGCGCCGCUCAUGUCGAAAAGGAGCAAGAUCAGGAUAACAAAAAGCGCAAGCAAAAGAACAGAGGUCAAAACGUAGGACGCAAGUUCGGAAGAUCGAAAGACGAAAAAGGUCUCUGUGCGUCGCGUUCUACGCAACCGGAGUUUUCUCCAGGUCAAUGCCAGUACGGCGACAAGUGCAAGUUCGAGCACGACCUCCGCGUGUAUUUGAGCGAGUACAAACGGGAGAAUCUACACACCUUUAAUGACGUUUGUCCCAUUUGGGAGGUCCGCGGAACAUGUUCUUCGGGCUGGAAAUGUCGCUUUGUGCACUCCCAUAUGACUGAAAGGGAUACAUCGGAUGGCAAACGUGAACUAGUCCUUGUAGAAGAUGAAGAGCGCAAAAAACAAUGGAUUGCGAGACCCUUUUCGAAGGACGAUGGAAUGGCAAAUGUUGUUCCUAUUGUGCACAAGGACGCUUUGAGAAGAAGAAAGUAUCCCAUGCCUAAAGCUGAAGCUUACCUUGCCUGGUUCGAUCAGACUACGAAAGAAUUGGAAAAGUUCGUCCAUAACAAAAAGGCAAACGAGACCGAUGGUGCGGAGUCGGAACUUCGGCAGGAGAAAGAGGAUAACAGAGCCCAAUACACUGAGCCUCCAUUCCUGCCAUCGGAAAAAAGAAGAAUCUAUUUUGGUGCAGAGACCCCAGCCUUGGCCCCUUUGACCACCCAGGGAAAUACUCCGUUCCGCAGACUUUGUAUGGAUUUGGGCGCACAGUUCACAUACUCUGAAAUGGCGAUGGGUAUGCCAUUGGUUCAGGGACAGAAACCGGAAUGGGCUCUUCUGAGAGCACACGAGUCGGAACUUGCGUCACCAACUAUUUCAAGCAAAGCGAACAUUGUGCAGGGCUACGACAAUUCUCGUGAUUCCAAGUUCGGCGCUCAAAUCGCAGCUAACAAGCCGCAUGUAGCUUUGAAAACAGUAGAGAUUUUGGCAGCUCUCACCCCACAUCUUCGGGUAAUUGAUCUCAACUGCGGAUGUCCCAUUGAUAUGGUUUUCAAAGAAGGAUCUGGAUCAGCUCUUCUGGAUUCACCUGCCAAAUUGGAAAAGAUUCUUCGUGGAAUGAAUGCGGUAUCCGGCGAAAUUCCGAUUACCGUAAAGAUUCGUAUGGGCACUAAGGAUAACCAACCCACUGCGCUCAAACUUGCCGAACGUCUCGUGUUGGGUGGUACAGAUUCUCAAACGAUGGGCAUUGGACCUCCAGGCAUUGCUGCCAUCACUCUCCAUGGUCGCAGUAGACAACAGCGCUACACCAGAAGUGCGGACUGGGGUUAUAUCUCUGAAUGUGCAGCGCUCGUCAAGAGAUUGCGUUCAGAGUCAGAUGCAUUGUCAGACACUGUGAGAGAGCCGGAAGAGAGAUUGCAGCCCAAUGGAGGUAAAAUUUACUUCCUUGGAAACGGUGAUUGUUACUCUCACGAGGACUACAAUAAUCACAUCCAAAAUGCAAACGUCGACACGGUUAUGAUCGGACGUGGCGCUUUGAUCAAGCCAUGGCUAUAUGAAGAAAUCCAAACCGGACAAUACCUAGACAAGACAGCAUCGGAACGAUUGGCCUUGGUUGAGAAGUUCGCCCGUUACGGAAUGGAUGCUUGGGGCUCCGACGAGCACGGUCUGGGAAUGACUCGACGGUUCCUUUUGGAAUGGCUCAGCUUCGCUUAUCGCUACGUCCCUGUUGGUAUGCUGGAAUAUCUCCCUCCACGAAUUCAGGAUCGACCUCCAGCGUUCCGUGGCCGAAACGAGUUGGAGACGUUGCUUGCCAGCGACAACUACAAGGACUGGAUUAAAAUCACAGACAUGUUCCUUGGACCCGCUCAUCCAGACUUCAAAUUUGAGCCCAAACAUAAGAACCUCAACUGGGAGGCCGCCACCUCCGGCCCCGACGGCGAACAGCUCGCCGAACGAAUCCGCUCCUUCAUCCACGACAAAUUCCAACAAGUGCCCCUCCCGCGCUUCAUACGAUCCGUAAACGUGCAUUCGUUCGACUUUGGCAGCGUUGCGCCGGAAUUAGAUAUUAAGGAUAUCUGUGAUCCGUUUGUGGAUUUCUAUGAGGAGAGUGAUAGUGAAGACGAUGAUGAUGACGACGGUGAUCAUGAGGAGGAUGUACGGUCAGAUACCUCAUCGGAUCGAGCGGCGGAUUCAAUGACGACAGGCAAGCGAGGGAUGAGAUAUGGGUAUGAGAAUAAUGGACAUAGCGAGAAUAAUACGAAUCAUCACGACCAUUUACGAACAUCGCAGUGGGUGGCGGGUGAAAUCGAUGGUCAUCAUCAGUCUGCACAAUCGCCGUUGCGGUCCCCAAUUGGGUUGGGUGAUCACUUGAACGCGCAGUUCAGGUCUGGAACCCCAAGCAUUCUCCCCGGCGUUACGUCGAAUCUGGGUUACCAUUUGAUGAUGGGGAAUCUGUCGGGGACACAGACUCCACUAGGUGCUGUUGCGGGUGGCACGCCAUAUGGAACGGGUUGGCCUGAUGCUGUGAUGCAUGGCGGUAGUCGGGCGAUGGUGCAGCAACAUAGUAUAAGCAGAGGACGGACAGAAAACAAUAACAGAAUCGAUACAGGGUCACCGUCUCGGCCAUCGACUGCAAAUACCAACCCAACUCAGCUAUCCCAAGGACGAAGCGCAGCCGGUAGCUCGUCGAAUAGUACUAGCAACGAUCCUACGGUCAUAUAUAACGACCAUGCAUCCUCUACGACCCCCACGGUGCACGGCCUCCACGAAGGUGAUCGAUCCCGCGAAAAGCAAUCACAAGUACCUAUAUCGGACGAAGAAUCUCCUCCAUCACCAACACCACACAUGCGCGAACGUCGCCCAGAAGAUUUCCAAGUAAUCUGCCGUGUGAAAUAUGCCGGAGACGUGAAACUCUCCCUAACAGCAGAAAUACUGCUUGAUUAUCCCAUGCCCAGCUUCGUAGGUCUUCCAUUGAAAUUGAACAUAACGGGCAUCACUUUUGACGGUAUCGCGGUUGUUGCGUAUAUCCGCCGAAGGGCGCAUCUGUGUUUUUUGUCGCCGGAAGAUGCCGAUGCCUUGUUGGGCGAUGAGGAAGAUGAUCAACAACAACAUCAAUUUCCAACGACCUCAGCAGAAGGUAUCUCUAAUAAUGUCACUGACAACAAUGCCAAUCCCGAAACCCAUCCACCACAACCAAGACGCCGAUUCGGCAGUCUCCUUCAACAAAUCCGCGUCGAUAGCGAAAUUGGUCGCAAGGAGAACGGGAAACAAGCCCUGAAAAACGUGGGAAAAGUCGAGCGAUUCGUGCUGGAUCAAGUUCGACGCAUUUUUGAGGAUGAAUUUGUGUUUCCUAGUUUUUGGACGUUUCUUGUAUAA